AUGAGAAAUCCUUCAAAGGAUGCAAAUUACCACCGGGACGAUCACACAUGUGACCAUGGCAAGCAUUUCUUCAAGGUUUUGAUUGGUGAUUUCCAUAAAAGAUUGGUCAUACCGGGUAAAUUUGCUAAACAUUUGGGAGACAAAAUAGAAGGAAGUAUUAUGCUUGAAACACUUGGUGGUUAUACUUUUAAUGUUCAAGUUGCAAAGAAUUUGAGCAGAAUAGUGCUUCAAUCUGGGUGGGAAUCAUUUGUUAGUGCCCAUGACUUGAAAAAGAUGGACUUCUUGGUAUUCAAGUACGAUGGGAUGUCUCGGAUGAAGGUUCUGAUAUUUGAUCCUAGUGGUUGCGAGAAAGUACCACCAUGUGUUGUCGCGAAAAAUGCUAUUAGUGGUGGACGAAAGAGUAAAGAACCCAUUUACAUUUCAAGCAACUGUGCUCAUCUUCUCAAGAAAACAACAGAAACUAAAAAGAAAGCAUGGAAGCAAAGGGACAGGUGUAGGAUCAGUAUCAGUUCAUCAAGAUCCCUAUCCAACUCAUCAGGAGGAAUGACAUCUUCUGAGGGCGAUGAAGCACAUUCUGUUCCGAGUUACAUGCUCCCACAAGGCAUCAGCCUUGAUAGUAUGCAAAAGAAGAAACUGAAAGAGAGACUCCGAGCUAUUUGUUCUGAAAUCCCCAUCUAUGUGUGUGUCAUGAAGAAGUCAAACAUUUCUGGAAGAUCUCGAGCUAUGGUCUUCUCCAAAAAAUAUUCUGAUGUAUGGCUUCCAUUCAAGAGCAGCAGAAGGUUGAUUCUUCAGUGUCAUGGCAUGAGCUGGGAAGUGAUGUACCGCAUUAAGGUUUGGAAAGAUCGCGGCGAAUGCAAAAGGCUUCGCGGUGGGUGGGCACGGUUUGCAGGUGACAACAAUUUGCAGCUGGGCGAUAUCUGCCUCUUUGAGCAACUGAAGACCAAGAAGCACAAGAUGAAUGUGCAUAUCAUUCGCAAAGAGUGA